UUCCAUUGAAUCAAGGUUCAGACCAUGAAUACAUUUCCUCCUCUGCUUGCAAUCAUCUUUGCCUGUUUGCUAUGCACAAUCAUGUUCUAUACUGGCAAUUGCAACUCCAAUAUUCGCUGCAACAAGAAAGACAAGGAUGCUCUCUAAAAGUUCAAGCAAGGAAUCGAAGAUCCAGCAGGUGUGCUCUUUUCAUGGUCAACUCAACACGAUUGUUGCGAAUGGAAAGGAGUCAUGUGUGACAAUUUCACGAGUAGAGUCACUCAACUCAGUCUUCCUUGUUACACAACUCCUCCAACUUACACUGAUAAAAUAGAUAAAUCACACUGCCUCACAGGUUCCAUUUACCUAUCCUUGUUUGUCCUGGAGUUUGAAUUUCUAUAUCACUUGAAUCUGAGUAAUAACAACUUCUCAACUAUUCAAUUUGGUUCUCAUGUGUAUUCCCUAAAUUGCCAUAAUCUAUCUACUGCUACUCCUUCCCAUCGAUGUGUAAACUCUUCAGAUCUUCGUUAUCUUGAUUUAUCGUUCAACUUUUAUGCCAAGACCAGUCUUCAAUGGCUUUCUCAUUUUUCCUCCUUGAAAUAUCUUAACCUCGAUGGCAUUGAUCUUCACAGGGAAACCAAAUGGCUUCAAUCAGUCAUCAAGCUUCCAUCACUUUUAGAGCUCCACAUGCAUCAUUGUCAUCUUAAAGACUUGAGUCCGAAUCUUCAAUUUGCCAAUUUUACAGCACUCAAAGUUCUUUCUCUUCCUGGAAAUGAUUUUAGGUCAGUGUUACCAAAAUGGCUAUUCAAUUUAAGUAGUGGUAUCUCUUCCAUUGACCUAGGGUCAAAUUUUUUACAAGGUCAACUACCUAAGGCGAUGUUAGAUCUUCGACACUUGGAAAUCUUGAACUUGCACGACAAUUACUUCAACGGACCAAUUCCACAUUGGUUAGGAGAAUUUGAACAUCUGAGACAUCUUAAUCUUAGAAAAAACAUGUUUUCUGGAUCUAUUCCCACAAGUUUGGGAAAUCUAUCAUCCUUAGUUUUCUUAGGGGUCAACUCAAAUAGAUUGACGGGAGUUGUGUCUGAGAAAACUUUUGCCAGACUGUCAAAAUUGAAGAAGUUAGGCAUAUUCAUAUCACCACCAUUAAUCUUUGAUUUUGACUCCAACUGGAUUCCUCCCUUUCAACUUGAGCGAUUAAAUCUUGCAUUUUCAGGAACUAAAUUUCCUGAGUGGUUAUACACACAAAAGUCUCUUGAAUCUUUAAGUAUUUACGAAUCAUCAUUUGAGGGUAGCGAAAAAUUUUGGAAUUUUCUGUCAAGAAUGAAAGAAGUGAAUUUAGAACAGAAUUCGAUAGAUGGGAACUUGUCAAACGUGUUGUUGAACUCUGCUUUCGUAUCUUUGUCAUCAAAUGAUCUGAAGGGUUGGUUGCCUCGAUUGUCAUCGAACGUGGUCGUUGUACGGUUGUCAAACAACUCAUUAUCAGGAAACUUGUCUUCUCUCUUGUGUGAUGAUGAGAUGUUGAAUGGGAAAAGUAAUUUGGUGUACUUGGACGUAUCACUUAAUCGUCUGUCGGGAGGACUUACAAAUUGUUGGGGAAACUGGAAAUCAUUGGUUCAUGUUAAUUUGGGAAGCAAUUAUCUAACAGGCAAGAUAUCACCAUCAAUGGGCCUGUUGCCUAAUCUCACAUCAUUCCAUCUACAUGAAAAUAAGCUCUAUGGAGAAAUUCCCUCCUCGCUGAAAAAUUGUCACUCUUUGUUAAUCUUCAAUGUUCGGGAAAACAACUUUUCAGGAAAUAUACCAAAUUGGAUACCAGAUGCUGCAAAAAUAACAAAAUCUCAGGACAUAUACCCAACUGCCUUCACAAUAUCACAGCCUUAG